AUGGACGGCGAGGGCAAACAGAGGGAGCGCAAGCGGCAUGGCAGGCGGCUACGGGCGCUGGAGGACGCCUUCCACCGCACCGUCAAGUAUGCGCUGCGCCCUGUGGACUACGAGCAGUUCCAGGAGCAGUUUCCGGCCUUCAAGGACCCCUUGGUGCAGGACCUGUACAGCGGGUACAAGCAGGCGCUGCAUCACACGCGUGUGAACAUCGAGGCGGACUUUGGGGAGCUGUGCGAGGAGCACGAACUGCGGGACAAGCUCAACACGCUGGAGGUCAUGUGCGAGGAGCAGGGCAUUGGCGACGGCGACGCGGCAGAGGGCGCCAGGCAGCCGGCGCUGGGGCCCACCAACGCCAUCCGGCUGAGCCUGCUGCGCGCCAAGCAGCAGGAGCUGGAGAGCCUGAGGGGGGUUCUGGCAGAGGUGGAGGCGCAUAAUGCGAGGCUGCAGGGUCAGAUGGCAGAGCGGCGGCGGCAGGCGCAAGAGCUCAUAGCCAAGACGCAGCCAAUUGCCGCCCAGCUGGAUGUCAUGCACCUGUCCAGCAAGGCGUGGGCCAAUCGAGUGGUGGAGCCUGUGUGAUGCCGGUGGAGGAGUGCAGUGGGUGGACAGCUGCCGUUGAACGCCACACCGGCAGCCCCAUGCUCCCAUUUGUUUGCUUGUUCUUCCUUUCCUCUUGCCACCAUGCUUGCUCUUUCCCCUGUUUGGUCACUUGGCACACCCG